GUCCGUGUACAGCACGACAAUGCUCAAUAACUUAGCAUUGCGAAUGGCUAUAAGAAAGCGGGUCGCGACUUUGACGGCAUCGUUCUGCACCUUAUCCAUUCGACCGAGGCGGGCAAAAUGCUGCGGGGUGCUUCCUUGCGGUCGUCUCUACUGAUACUCGCGGGGGUUGCCCUCGUAGUUCUGCUCUUGGCAACGUCCGUGGAAGGCCGCAGCGGUAGGAUGCAGUGGCCGCGGUUCGUGUAUUGCAUCAACAGGCGAGCGGGCCCCGUGUUGGGCACGCCCAGUGGCAGCUGUGCCUCCCGCAAGAUGCUUGGACAGUUCCGCACCAUGAACCGAGUGAACUGCAGGAAUUGCGACAAGUAUUUCCACUGCAUGGCCAACUGGCUGGCGACUCGUAGGUGCCGGGGACGGUUCAACCGGUACGUCGCCAUAGUCAUCAGCCACUGCAGGGAGUACUCACAGCCCGGAAACCCAGCUGACAGGCGCGGCGACGAAGCGGCUAACCGAUUUGGCCGUGCCGGCGGAAACUGCGGUGCGCGCUAUUUGCGUCGACACCGAUGUGCCUACAAUCCGAGAACGGGACGGUGCAAGUGGUGAACACGGAAAUCUCCGACAUGUGCAGGCAGCGGCGACUGACUGCUUUGUCCUGAACGGCGCAUGUUCCUCUCAAAACCCGCCUGAUACGUGUGAAGCAUAAAUAUAGUUGAGAUUCAUUUCAGAAA